AUGAAUAAAGACAAAAAGAAGACCCAGCUGCUCAGCGACUUGGGCAGAUUCAAGGGGAAAAAGAUAACAGUAACCUUCAUUGACGGAAAGUCUGUAACUGGGAAGCUUGCGUCGUUUGACGAUGUUGGUAACUGCGUGCUAAAGAAAUGCGGAGAGUGGAGCUAUGGGAAUACUGUAGUGUGUCUAGGAAGAAGCAUAGUUCUUAUUUGUUUGAAUACUCCAUACGUCUUGUGA